AUGAAUCUAGGUUGCAGAGCGGGCGAAAACUGUCCGUUUGUGCAUGAUCCUACCAGGUUGGCAGAAAGGCCUCUCCGCACUCAAGGCCAAGAGCAAGAGCUUUCCGAGCAAGGUAGCAGCCAAACCACAGCUCAAGCUGCUUCUCCAGGGCGGCAGUAUGUUGCUCCGCCAGUGGACAGCUCUCGCGUGGUCCAGAGGCCUACCGCAAUCAGGCAGGUUGUAGAUCCAAGGGAGUAUGAGCUCUCUCAACUUCGUCGAAGAUUCUCUGUAAACGAAGAAGAGGACAGUAACGGCAGUGCAUUGACGUUUAAGUUGGUUCCUUCCGAUCCAGACUUUCCUUUUGAUAUCGAGGCUCUCGAAUGCACUCUGUAUGUGCCAUUGAGUUACCCCUCGAGCGGCAAGCCGCGCUUGAGAGUCACCAAUGAGGAAAUGGACCGAGGAUAUCAACUCAACGUAGAACGAGGUUUGGAUGCCCUGGCCUCAAGGGCUCCAAGGCCUACGCUGCUGAGCCUGAUGAACGCUCUGGACAGGCAGCUCGAGACACUGCUUUCAGUGCAAAAGGCUGAACCCACUACGAUUAAGAUCGUUGCCAACGCUCCCAAGCCGGCAGCAAAGGUAAACACCCAGGGGGCGAACCAAGCAGCUCCGCCAAAACCGACUCCUUUAACAACCGCAACUCCUCGGUCACGUGCCGUUCCUGCGCCAGUCACGCAUACUGCUGAGGAUAAAGCACAAGCUCAAGCUAGGCGUGAGUCCGAGAUUCGUCAGAUUGAGGCCAGGCUCGGAAGGUUGCCGCUGUACUUUAAGUCCUCGGAUGGGCUCGCGUAUACCAUUCCCAUUGAGCCCAGGAAAAGACAAGAGCUUCCAGCACCAUUGCAAGCUAUCAAGACCGUCAGACUCAUUGUACCGGAGUCGUACAAUCUCGUCCCAUGCCGUGUUGAGCUCAUGGGCGUAGAUAAGGACGCUGCUGCCCCUGUCGAAAAGGCUUUCGAAGACAGAGUCUCGCAGAAUCCACAGAUGGCGCUGGUGAACCACAUUAACUACUUGUCCCAGAACAUGCACACCAUGGCGACACCGCCAGUAGUCGUGGUGCAGCAGGAGCCUGAACCCGUUCCCGAUGUGUCGUCGUUAACUGUCGAGGACAGAAUAGAGGAGCCGCAACCGGAUAUGCCUCAUCCAGCAACAGUUGAAUCUUUGGAUGCGGUCACGAAGAGUCACAUCAUAAAGAUACCCAGACCUCCUGAAUGGGCGGCCAAAGACGGUGACAAAGACGAUUCGGAUGGUUCCUUCUCAUACGAUACAGGCGAUGAAACUGAAGACGAAGAUGCCCCGACUGUUGAACAGCAACAAGCUGAUGUACCUGCCUCUAAACCUGAGCGCGGCAUCAUGCUAUCUUUUCCGCAUCUCGAACUGCACAGCAUUGAGCUUCUCGAGCUUGUUUCUCUGAGCAUCACGGUCAAGUGCGACAGAUGUAAAGAUACUAUGGACAUACCUAGCCUCAGAAACAACGCCAAAGGCGAUUACACCGGCAUCCGCGCCGAAUCUUGCAAGAAAUGCGCCAAUAGUUUCGGCAUUGGUGACUAG